CUCAUUGGACGUUACCAAGAGUUGCUAUGAUUGGUCCGUAGUUGGUACUGCCAGUAGGCGUAUACCAAGGUUUGUGAUAUUGGGGUGAUCGGGCGGUUCUCGACCCUCAACACUCGUGGGACAGUCCACCGGUUACUUGAAAGACACCACAAGGGGGAAGACAUUAGCUAGAAAAAGAACCUGCUAGUGAAGAGAAGGGUGACGUACAAAAUACUGACUUCAGUCUGUGUUUGUCCACCAAAGAAGUCAUAUCAUUAGAUCCAAAGGACUAAAUAUUGUUUAUUUUUUGUUUUGUUUUUUUUUUCAAAAAAAAAAAGAAAAGAAAAAAAGGUGUUUAUAUUCAAUCAGUUUUUAUACAUAUCCACAGGCCAAGCUAUAUAACAUGUUAAUGAAUGUUUAAAUUAUGAACAUAUUAUUUUUAAUAUGUUCAUAAAUUGGUGAUGAAAAAUUUAUAGCAGCUAAAAUUUUACGUUAUUUUAGUGCAAAUUUUAGUGUGUGUGUGUGUGAUAUGUAUAGUUAUCUAAGAAGUGAAGAUCAUUAAAUUGUAGUGAAAAGAAAUAAAUUAUAGCUAUAGCAUUUGACAGUAUUGUAUAUCCAACUGUAUAUAAAGCUGAUUUUAUAUCCGACGGUGAAUGGAUUUUUCGUGUUUCUCACACACACACAGUGUAUAUAAAAUAAAAAGUUUUUUUUUCCAGCAUAUGAAUUGUAAAAAAAAAUAUAACACAAGUGACGACUAUUAUACUAUUACGAAUUUUUGAAAUAACAAACUUGAUAAAUCAUCCUUCAAGGUUUCGAUGAAGUGUCAUCAGUGUCACAUUCUUUACUAACAUAUAUACCGUUGGUGAAGAACAACAAUGAUCUAUUCUGGAAUUGCAUGAAAUUGUUGCGAAACAAUUAUUAAAAAAAUUCAUAGUUGAAUAAUAAAUUUUAUUCGUAAAACUAUUAAUAAUAAUAUAUAUAUUUAUUAAAGAAAAUAAGUAAAAUAUAUAAAUACAAAAGUGGAGGAAGUAAAAGCAGGUGGUUACGUGGGUGCAACGUUCGGAUACGCAAGUCGGCAGGCCGGCUCUGCAGUGCCGGGUCCGGGGGGUGUGAUGAGCUGCUCCGAGGUGAUGUAUCAAUAUUAUCCUUAUCUUUAUCAGAGGCCACCGCCGCCCCCGCACCCAAGUCAUUCUCAUGCGGCAUCACAUACUCAUCCACAUGCUAAUCCUCAUACUGCUCAUCAUAGUCCAGCAAGACCAGCGCCUUUUCAGCCAUUUUCAACAGCUACUUCAACUCAUCAGUAUGAUAGACUGAAUGUACAUCAAAGAUCAUUAGAAGCAGCAGGAUUAGAAUUAUGUGCUGUUAGUGGAAGUGUACCUCAAGGACAGCCAAGUAGUGCUGGUUCAGUUGGAUCAGCACCUAGUCCAGCAUCCCCUAGACAAACACCUCAAUCAAGAAUUCCCUUAGCAACAACUUCAAGUCAACCUUCAAGAAAUCUUGAUGAUGAUAGAUCAGUAGAUGGUAUUGGUGGUACGACAGCUGAUGAUUCAGAUGAUGGUGAAAGCAGGGCACAAUAUGUUAAUGCAAAUUGUGUUGUUUUUACACACUACCGAGGUGAUGCAGCGACGGAAGUUGAAGAACACUUUCAACGUGCUUUAGCUCAUGACAAAAUCAAAGAAAAUGUACCAAUGUCAACGAGAAAUUUUCCACCGUCUUUUUGGAAUAGUCAACAUCCUGGAGACGUUUAUGAAUAUCCAACAGAUCCAUGGCAUUCUCAUUAUCCUCAGUAUCAUCACAGAGCGGUUCAUGAGUACCAUCAUCACAAUAUGGCGGCAGCCGCAAGUUACGGUGGUCUUUUGUUGGGCGGCGCCAGGAGUCUUGGACAUCAUUCAUCUCAUCAUGCUGCUCAUCAUGCACAUGCUGCUGCAUCUUACAAAGACUGGAGUACUCCAACACCAUCGCAGUCACUUGUUGACGCCUCAAGUGCGCCCCCUUAUCCUCAUGGUCCCUACGCACCCUUAACUGGUCUGGAUCCGCAGGUUCAGGAUUCCAAGGACCUCUACUGGUUCUAGAGACAAUCACCCACAUGACAACGAAGAAAGACAAUCUAAUUUGUUUAUUCGACUGAAUUAACUAUUUAAAGAGAGUGAGAAAAUAAAACAAAAAAAAAAAAAAACUAGAAAUGAAGAUUAUAUUAUCAUGAUAUAGAAUAAUAUGGACGCAAUUUGAUGAACUCUUUUAUUCAUUGUAAAAAAAAAAACAACUAAAAAAAAAAAGUGUAUAUAGUGUUACCUAAUUAUUUUAAGUAUAACAUUUAAGUUGAAUGAGAAUCUUAUUGUGUUCUUUGUGCAUACCAUUGACCUAAAAAAAUUGACUGUUGGAUAAAUUUUAAUGAAAGAAAAAAUUGACAUUUAAUAAAUAUGAAUAGAAAAAAAAAGAUAAGAAAAAUAUACUUGAUUCAUUAAUUGGUAGUUCAAAGAACUCUUAUUCACGUUAUGUGAAUUGUGUGGAUUGUGUGAAAUUUUUUAAAUUGUCGAACGAAUGUAUUUAUUUAUCAAUAACAUGCCAUAUGACAUAUGCACCUUGAAAAAUAUGA